UUCCUGGAUUGGUCCGCUGGAGAGGCGGAGUCGUUUCUGCGGGAUUACUUUUCUGGAGCCGCUUGUGAUUGGACGCCGUGGCGUCGUGCGCGCGGCCGCGGGUCGGGGGGCGGGGGACCCCCAAACUGCCCGGAGAGCGGACCCUUUGCUGUCCGAGUAGCGGAGGAGGCCUGCGAGUGGGCUCCUGGGCGUGGGCAGCGGCCGGGGGCGAGGCGUCGGCGGCCACAGUGCUGUGAACCAGCGCCUGAGGUCCUGGUGGGGCCUGCCCACUGUGUGUGUGUACUGAGGGGGCGCUGGGCGCCCACUGACCUCGCUCUCCCUGCGUAUAACACGGGUAUCAACAAAAGCUGGUUGAAUAAGGACUGCUAAGAGAGCGGUCCUUGCAGUCCGGCUCUGCAGUCUGGUGGUGGCGACUGUCCCCGCCUACUCCCUUGUACUUCCAGGUCGGGGAGGAGGGCUGGUCAGCCGGCGUCCGCACGCCCGCUGCAUCUCCCUCAGAAGCACCUCCUGAGAUCACUUAAACGUUGGCCUCAGGUUCCCUUUCGCUCCGUAGUUCCUUGAACCGUCGGGGAUUCCGACAUCCUGCAGGGGAGAGGAGGCUCCCUUCCCCGGGGAGAGCCCCCACCCGGGCCGAGGGAUCUGUUCCCUCUGGUCCACGAGCUUGCAGCGAGGCAUGGAGGCGCGCCUGCGGGAGGCUCGGCUGUAUAAGGAGGAAGGGAACCAGCGGUAUCGGGAAGGGAAGUACCGAGAGGCCGUUAGCAGGUACCACCGAGCCCUGCUGCAGCUGCGGGGCCUGGACCCGAGCCUGCCCUCCCCGAUAGCUGACCUGGGGCCGCAGGGCCCGGCUCUCACGCCCGAGCAGGAGAGCGUGCUGCACACCACGCAGACUGACUGCUACAACAACCUGGCGGCCUGCCUCCUUCAGAUGGAGCCAGUGAACUACGAACGAGUGAGAGAGUACAGUCAGAAGGUGCUGGAACGGCAGCCUGACAAUGCCAAGGCCUUGUAUCGGGCUGGAGUGGCCUUCUUCCAUCUGCAGGACUACGACCAGGCCCGGCACUAUCUCCUUGCUGCCAUCAGUCGGCAGCCCAAAGAUGCCAAUGUCCGGCGGUACCUGCAGCUGACACAGUCAGAGCUCAGCAGCUACCAUAGGAAAGAGAAGCAGCUGUACCUGGGCAUGUUUGGCUAACGAAGCCCAAAGAUGUUCCUGUCUCUGAACUGAGAUGGACCGCCGAGGUUCAUCAGUGGAUGGACGCGCACACCCAGCCAUGGGACGCCUGAGCCUACACAUGAGAGAUGUGCCCUGGACCUCCGACCCAGGUGGAUUUCCAUUUGGGUUAACAAUGUGUAAUCUAUGUCUGGGUUUUGUUUGUUUGAUCCUUCUGUGUAUCUGUUUGUAUAUUUUCCUUUUGGGGAUAUUUUCCUUGAGAAAUACAAUCAGAAAACAUUGAUCCACUGUGGCGGAAUGAGAUUUAGAUCAGGCAUCCUUUAAUGAUGGAUAUUGCUGGAUGCAUUCAUCUGCAGGGUUCAGGGUUUGCAGAGGGUCCAACAGCAAGGAUAAGCAGAAAAAAGUUUCUAUAUUUUCUCAAAUGCCCAAACCCAAACUAGAAAGUAUACCUUUUUGAAAAAAAUCAGAUGAUUAUAAAUUGGGCCCAGUGUAUUAAGAUGACAGAUUUUAUAAUUCUUCAACUAUAAUGCCAAAAAAGAAAAAGGAAGCAUAGGAACAUGUAACAUAGAAACAGUAGCAAAAGCAAGCAGAACAAAAGCAAAUGUGCUUUGUGCCUCUGUCCCUGAAUUCUGCGAGAGCUGAGUUCCCUACCGAGGAGAGAACAGGGAGGAAGGGCUAGUCCCGCUUGCUGCCUGUGAAUCACCCGUGGGGCCUUGGGAGCCCAGGUGGCCUCGGGUGCCAUCGGUGGCGCCAACACGGACCCCAUCAGCUGGAGCUCCUUUGCUGUUUCAUCCUGCACCUUGAUAAUGCGGUAGUAAGCAUGUCUUUAGUCAUCCUGCAGCCACAGGAGAGAGUUCAGCUGAAAAAGAACAAACUACCCCAAGUGCACGCAGAAACCCUUAGGCUUUUCUCAAUAUCCAUCUCUCUUCCCAGUAGGCCAGACUCCCUCCGUUCCUCUCCGCAUCUUUAAACAGCACAGCCAUCAGCUUAGAAAAAGUCUUUCUGCCAAAUCUUAGAGUCCCAAGAACAGAACUGCCAAACAAGAAAUCUCAUACUUGUCUUCGGGCUUCUUAAAUUGCUCAGCUGCAGCCUUGUUGGCUCUGUUGUUACUGUGGCUUCACGUUUUCUUUGCUUUUGGCUUGUUUUGCUUUCGGAUCUUUUAUUUCAAAGACUUGAUGUUACAGUGAGCUAUCUUCAGUGAGGAAACAAUUAAAGCAUUUUAAAAUGCA